UAAAAUUUGUAAUAAAUGAAAUCAAAGAAUUUGUUUGGUAUAUAUCAUAUAACGUUUUUUAAAUGUAAUUGUUAGGCCUUUUUAAUUUUUUUUACAAGGUGAUUUUGGUUUUUUAAAAGUUUGCGUAUUUUUACUUUUAUAGAAAAUAUUUUGAUUUAAUACUAUUAAAAAAAUUUAAUAUAAUUAAAUUAUUAUAUUAAUUAUCUUUUUGAGGUUUAAUCUUAAAAUCAUAAUUGGUUACUACAAUUUAAACUCCUCUUUCCACGACAUUCAAAAGAUUAUGACUCAAUCUGUACUUGAUUAUCAAAAUUUGAGUUGUCAUGAAAAUUGGCCAGGAAUGGGCCAAUUGGAAAUUAGGAUUUGCCACAACUCAGAGCUAGUCACUCUCCUCUCCUCUCUGACACUCAAAUAAAAAAUCCCUUGUCCUCAUACCGUUUGUCUCCAAAUCUCAGCGACAUAGUCUCUCUUUUCUUUGGUUAGAUUUGUUUUUCUUUUAAGUCCAUGUUUAUUUUAGUGUAUGGUUUGUUGAGCAAGUAGAGGAUUUUUGUUUGGUUAUCUGGGAAGUGGAGGAAAGAGGAUUUUUUAAUUUUAAUUUAAUUUUUAAUUUCAAAUGUCUUUUGGUGUUUGGUUGCCGAGGAAGUAAUAAUUUUUUUUGUUUGGUCAUCCUUAGAAGUGGAACCAAGGAAGAGAGUGAAUUUUUUUUCCUUUUCGUUUCAUUUUGUGUGUUUGGAUUUUUGAGGGAGUUGGGAGUCUUUGCUUGUCCAGUUUGAGGAGGAAGAUAAUAAAAAAUUGAUUUGUUUAAUUUCAUUUUUUUUUGGUGAUGAGGUUACUAAAGAAAGUGGACAAAAGGAAUAGAUUGCAGAUUUUGAUUUGGAAGUAAGAAAGUUAGUUUAAUAGUGUAUUUGUUUGUUUUUGGGUUGGGAUUCAUGGAUUUUUUUUUCCCAUGUCAAUGAUGGUUUGAGCAUCUUUGUCUUUUUUCUUUCCUCUUCUUACUUCUUUGUGUACACGAAAGUUGGCCCAACAGAGUGCUUUCGCCGUUGGUUCUCUUGCUCACUGGAUACCGCAGUCCAGCUUGUCUGAUUUAGGCUGAAUGUCUGAUUUAUGGGGUUGCUUUUCAUAUAGCAUGGCGGAUCAGUACUCUUGUGAAGGUUCUAGUUUGAGCCCAGUUUCUGGAGACUGCUCGGAAUCUACUGUUGAGCUCAAUGUCAAGACUUUAGAUUCACGGAUCCACAGCUUUCAUGUGGAUAAAAAUUUGCCAGUCUCAUUGUUCAAGGAGAAAAUAGCGAAUGAAAUUGGUGUUCCGGUUGAGCAACAACGACUAAUUUUUAGAGGAAAGGUCUUAAAGGACGAUCAACUUCUUGCUGAGUAUCAUGUGGAAAAUGGACAUACAUUACAUUUAGUUGCAAGGGACCCAACCCAAUCACAACCUUCAUCAGGUCAAAGCUCUGGAGAGACUAAUGGGAAUAAUGGUAGUCGAGGAAAUGAUGCUAAUGCUGGUGGCCCUCGUGCUCGUGUUGGGCAAAUUUCACAUAGUGUAGUGCUUGGGACCUUUAACGUUGGAGAGCAAGCUGAAGGGAUUGUACCAGACCUAACUCGGGUUAUUGGGGCAGUUUUGAAUUCUUUUGGUAUUGGAAGCCAAACCACCAACACUGCUACAGGUGGUGCACAACCAAACACACAGUCCAAUGCUCCUGGUCAGGCUUCUCAGGGAAUUGAAGUAGAUGGGACACAUGGUAAUGCCAAUGGUCAGAGACAAGAAGGAAACCAGGCACAGCCUAGUCAACCAUUCCAAUCUCUGCCUCAAGUUAUGCAAUUUCCUGUACCAGGAGGUGCAGGACCUGCUCCUCAAAUUCAGCCAAUUCCUGAUUCUCUGCACACACUUUCAGAGUUCAUGAAUCGCAUGGGAUUGUCGUUGUCACAUAAUGUGUAUCAGCCAAAUUCAUCACCCACCAAUGCAGAUAUACCAAGAGUGGAAUUACCUUCCAACUCACGAGGACUGCCAACACCCGAAGCAUUAAGCAUUGUUAUGCGUCAGGCAGAGAGGCUUCUCAGUGGCAAUGCAGUUGCUGCUCUAUCUCACAUUGCAGGACGUGUGGAGCAAGAGGGAGCUUCAACUGAUCCUACUAUAAGGGGUGAAAUUCAGACAGAAGCAAUGCAAGUAGGGCUUGCAAUGCAACAUUUAGGUGUGCUCCUUCUAGAGCUUGGUCGUACAAUUUUGACAUUGCGAAUGGGACAGUCUCCUGAUGAAUCUUCUGUGAAUGCUGGGCCUGCAGUUUACAUAUCUCCAUCAGGGCCUAAUCCUAUAAUGGUUCAGCCCUUUCCUCUUCAAACCAGCUCUUUCUUUGGUGGUUCAACUGUUCCUCAAUCAAAUCCUCCUGCUGGUCCUGGAAAUGCGCCAAGGCACAUAAACAUUCACAUACAUGCUGGCACAUCACUUCCACCUAUUGUUUCAGCAGCUGGUACCAGGGCAGGAAAUGGGGAUGGAAUGCAGGGAGAACGUGCUAAUGGAAAUGUUUCAGCACAAUCAGAUGCUUCUAUUUCACAGGCACCUUCCGACUCUGGUGCACUAUCCUCCGUUAUAGCUGAAGUCAAUUCACGGAUCAGAAAUUUGGUUGAUAACAUGCGGGGGGGAAACCAGGUUCCAUCAGGCCAAGCAGGGAGUUCAACUGUUCAGAAUAUGUCUACUGGAUCUGGUCCUGGUAAUGAUGUAGGGAGUGAUCAGCUGAAAAACAUGGCAGUCGCAGGAGCCAGGGAAACCAGCCUACCCUCAGACACAUGCAUCCCUGGAACUGAUGGUCAUACGUCACAACCUGAACACCACCAAAUGAAUAAUAAUCAGGAUAAAAGAGGUGUUUCACAGUCAAAAGAUGUACCAUCAACUUGUGCUGUUGAAGGCUCUUUUAGCUGCUCAAGUGGAAGUGAUGAAGCUACAAGUGGUCCAGCAGAUGCUUCAGAUGAUGCUCCAAGAUCAAGCCAGAGGCAGGAUAUUCCUGAGGAAGCCAAAGCUGUUCCACUUGGAUUAGGGAUGGGAGGUUUGCAACUUAAGAAGCGUAGUAAGCAGCCAAAAUCACAAGGCAAGAACAAUGAUUGUGGAACUUCUAGUGUUCCUUCUGUCAAUCAGAAUCAACGCACUAUGACAAGUGCCCAGCAGGUUUUGCAGUCUCUUGCCUCUCGUGGUUCGACAGCAAAUAGGACGGAUGCAAAUUGCCCACCCUCGCAGUUUCUUUCUUCUCGUAGUUUCACAGCAAAUAGGAUGGAUGUUAAUCGCCCACCCUCACACUUUCUUGCCUCUCGUAGUUUCACAGCAAAUAGGAUGGAUGCAAGUGGUCCACCCUCAGGGCAACCAUUGCAUGUCCUUGGCCAGGUCAGGGAGGGUAUGUCAUCAGGAGGUCAAGGGCUUGCAGAGCAGUCUGGGGCUGGUUCUCCUGAUGUCUUGAGUAAUAUGCUGCAACAACUCUCUCAAAACCCAUUAAUGAUGAAUACAGUCAAUCAAAUCGCUCAACAGGUUGAUGGCCAAGAACUUGAAAGCAUGUUUUCUGGGCUAGGGAGAGGCCAAGGUGGAGGCAUUGAUCUGUCAAGGAUGGUUCAACAAAUGAUGCCAAUUGUUAGUCGCGCUCUCAGCAGUGGGCCAAACCGUGGAGAACUAUUCCAUGGUGUAGGAUCUGAGCCCCAGCCACAGCACAGUGAGAGAAGGCCUAGCAGAGGUGACAAACCAGAUGUUCAAAAUUCUCAGACUGACCUUCGAGAAGUAGCUGAAAGCAUUGAACGCCAAAUUCCACCCCAAGAUAUUUUCCGCUCUGUAGCUGAAAAUGCAGUUCAACUAUAUGCUAAUGGAACUGGUCCAGAGGGGUUGUUGGAUGUGUUGUGUAGUGAUGAACAUCUUGCCACAGAGUUUAUGGAGGUGCUGCAGCGUGAUGUAUGCAACCGACUGCAUGGGAAAUCUGGGGCUAAGGACUGAGUUUGAUCUUUUUGUGUUGUGGAUGAUUUGUAUUCAGCAUUAAGUUUGGAGGGGUGAGUUUUGCUGAACUUUUUGGCUAUGCUGAAGUCACUUUUAGCUUCUUUGCUUGUUAAAUCGUACACCCUUGUACAAAUGGUUUCUAUAAUAGUUUCUGUACCAUUCAAAUAGAUUUAUUAUUUGUUCA